UUUACUGCGAAACUAGUUUGUUUACAAAUGGAGGACACGAGGCGGCAAGAUUUAACAUGUCAUAGAAAAAGAUAAUGAUUUCAUGCCUUUCCAUAGAAUUAUAAGACAAUGACGGAUCAGUUCGGGACAAUCACCUGGUGGGGAUUCACCCCGGCUCUAGAUUUGCAAGAUACAGAUACUAUCUCAGCACUGAACAAUUUGAAACUUGAUACAGAUGAAACAAAAGACACGUUAAAUAUACUUUUGGUUGGAGCAGGUGAUAUCAGACAUAUUCUACAAACCAUCGCCAGAUCAUAUAGACACAAGAAACGAAAAUUACAUUUCUACAUCAUUGAAACACAAUGUGAACUUUACUGUAGAGACUUAUUGUUCAUGUCACUAUUUCUGGAAUUACCAAACAGAAUGGGUUUACAAGAGAAAGCAGAACUAUUUUUAGAACUAUAUGGAAAUUUACUUGUUAGACAGCAAUCCAUGGAAUACGUACAGAAGAUGUCAAAUGAAUUAAUAAAGAUGGUUACAGAUUUUGAUUAUUUAGAGAAAACAUUACCAUGUAUAGAUUUAUCACAACUUAAGUUUAAAGAAAGAGAUUUCAUGGAAGGAAUAUUUAAAUUUUGGAGAAAUCCUGAUCCAAAGUUUUUUGAUGUAGAAAAAAUGUGGGACUUACGAUUACAAAGAGAUCUAGGAGUACGAUAUGACACCAGAGAUAAUGUAUUUGACUGGGACUAUCACAUGAGAUUAGUAGAAAGAGAGGGUGACAUCAUACACGCACGAGAAUACAAGAAUUGGAGGAAAUAUGGUAUAGCUUAUGAACCAAGAGAAGGAAAUUAUGAUGUACCGAACAGAACCCUGGCAUCUGGUGUUCUAGUUAAACAUGAAGGAGAGAGGCUGGCCAAACGAGGAUACUGGGGUGAUAUGUUAGUUAGCCCAUAUAUUCCAUUUGGUAUACAGUCAGAGGAUAAAACAUUGUUUAAAAAGAAUAAUAAUAUGUAUGCAAAAAUGUCCUGGCAUGUGUCAGAGUUCAAUAUUCUAUCAUUAUUACAUGAGAUAAUGAACAAAGAGAAAUAUGUACCACCUCAAACUGAAGAAACAAAAGAAAAUAAAACAGCAACUAUAACGGAAAUUACUGAAGAAGAGGAAAAUGAGGGAGACAAUACAGAAAAAACUGACAGCACAGAGACUGCAUCACAAUCUAAUCCUGCUAAGGAUGAAUAUGAAUCUUUGCCAUUGGAUGAUGUGAAGAUAACAUUUUUACCUGUCAUGUCAGUAGCAGAUCUCCCAAGAAAAAGUAAAUACAAGAAGUUGUUUGACAUCAUUUAUUUCUCCAACAGUUUGGUUCAUCUGCUCACCAGUGACUUGACACCAAUAUAUGCUGAUACUGCUACGAUAAUUGCUGAAUCAGCACGAUACAUGCUUCAGUUAAAAGAUGACAAAGUAGGGGAAUUUUUCUGGAAAGUCAAAGGCAUCGCAGAAAAGGCUGGUUGUCAGGUCUAUGAAGUGGAUGAACCAGCUAAGCAGAACUAUCUUAAAUUCACGUAUAGGAGACAACAAGCAAGCUAAUAAUAAUAUACUGUCUGUAUAUUGGUACAAUUCAGAGACAUCAACCUUAUGUACUUUUUGUAUCUUGCACAUUCCAUAGUCAAAAUAAACAUUCCAUUGACUGAAUUAAAAUGUGACAUCUUAUAUAUAAGGACAAGUUUCUACAGGUUAUGAAGACAAUGACAUUAAGUAAUGCUGUUUAAUCUACAAGAAAUGGAUCAGUGCAAGAAGUUGAAUGAAUUGUGUCUAUUUUUAAUAUCAAAGUGUUAUUAUUGUUAUGUUUUGUAAACAAUAUUUAAGUGACCUUGCAAGAGGUCAAGGUGUAUAUAGGACCCACAUACUUAAGAAUACUUAAAAAAAUUUGAUCAGUCUCUAAUAACAACAUCUUACUAGUGGAUAGGUUAUCUGCCAAAAAUACUUUUCAGUGGUAUUAAUAGAACUUAAACAUUGACAAAUUAAGUAUUCAAAUUGAGAUUACAAAUUGGUGCUGACCUAACACUUGAAAUCCUUUAGUACCCUGAAAAGGGCAAAGGAGUCAAAAAUAAAUAUAAAAUAAAUGAACUCAAUUAAAACCAUAGAAUAUUAGAUUAUAAUUACUUAUGACAUGUAUAAGAGAUGCAUAAGGUCCUGUUAUACCGAAAUCCCCCCUGGAGGUCUUUAUUGUACAAAAUAAAGUCUGCAGAUGUUAUUUUUCUUCAGCAGGAGUAUGCAGCUAGAUGGCUAGCAUAAUUAGGGCCUUGCCGAAUGGCGGACGCCCCUAUAGUGAUCAGUCUGUCCGUCCGUAACAAAUUGUGUCCACUCUAUAUCUAGAGAACCGUUAUGAUUUCAAAGUUUAUACUUGACAUGUAUAUUAACCAACACCAGAGGGUGUGUCAUAAUGUAUGUACAACUUCCUAGGUUAAAGGUCAAGGUCAAAAACUUUGGUUUUAGUUGACAACCCAAUGUCCUAUGGUAAAGAUCGUGUCUGCUCUAUAUCUUGAGAACUGUUAUGACUUCAAAGUUUAUACUUGACAUGUAUAUAAACCAACACCAGAGGGUGUGUCAUAAUGUAUGUACAACUUCCUAGGUCAAAGAUCAAGGUCAAAAACUUUGGUUUUAGUUGACAACCCCAUGUCCUAUGGUAAAGGUCAUGUCCACUCUAUAUCUUGAGAACUGUUAUGAUUUCAAAGUUUAUACUUGACAUGUUUAUAAGCCAACACCAGAGGGUGUGUCAUAAUUUAUGUACAACUUUCUAGGUCAAAGGUCAAGGUCAUACACUUCAGUUUCAGUUGACAACCCCAUGUCCAAUGAUAAAGAUACAAAUUUUUUACCACACAUUAUUCACAGGGGGGCCCACAGAGAUGGCUCCCAUCUCAAUGAUAUCUAGUAAUAUUACUUGUAAUAUUGAGCUUAUUUGUUGAUCUUAAUUCAUCUUUCUAUAGGCUGGUUCUUUUUUUCUUCUUUUGUCUCUAAACAUUUCAAAUAGUAAUUGGCCUCUUAUAAAAUGCGGAUUUCAAUGAACUGUUCAGAUAAAAUGCACGGAGUUUGCUCUCUGAGGAUUUUCUUGAGCAAUCGUAUUCAGUCAGAUGAACAUUCUUAUCUACCGGUAUGUAUGAUUAUCUGAACUUAAAUGCGUUUUAUAGUUUAUUGAUCAGUAAGAAGUUUUGUGAUAAAAAGAGAAAGAAGAUACUAAGGAGAAACUAAAAAAUCAUAAGUUGAAGUAAAACAUAUUACACCAUGGUAAAAAAGCAAACAACAAAAAGACAAGUUGAUGAAACCUAAGAUUUAGCAACAUGCCCAAGCCCCACCAGAAUUGGGACUGAACUAAGGUGUUCCACAAGUGUUCUUGCUCCACUGUACCUUGGUGUUGCACAUGAUGACAAGUCUCAUUCAGUGAUGUCACAUUUGAGGAAGACAGGACAGGACUUUGGCCAAGACAACUGGAACAUAUCCAUGAUCCAGGACUAUAUACGACAUAUAUUCCAUAAUCAGCAAUAUCAUGGAAUCCAUCAAACUUAAAAGGCAUGACUUAAAAUUUACCAUUUGUAACCCUUCAUUCAAUAACUUCCUGGACACUAGACAUUAAACAAACAACAAACCAAUCAAUCAAUGGCUUCCUUUUAAGCUGAAACUCUCUAUCAAGGAAAUCAUGAUAGGAAAUGCAAGGGAUGAAAUAUUGUAUCAAUUGAGAGAUAAAUACUCCAAAUUCAGGAAUGUUGCUAAUGAGAAAUGGAAAGUCCACAAUGAGAAAAUCGAAAUCAUCUCUCUUGUAAAGUUAAGUCUCAAGAUGACCUCCUUUGUCAAUUUCUAGAUAUAAGUCUAGAUAUAAAGCCCACUUAACUGUAUUUGUGGUAUCUUUAUUUUGAGCUUAUUGGGAUAGAUGUUAUUGUUUUCUCAGCCAAAGUAAGAAUCUUUAGUGUUAUGAUCGAAAAGAAGAGACAUAGUUUGAUAGUUUAGGACACAAAUCACAUCCAACAUGAUCUUAACAAAACAGCAAGUUCAUGAUGGCUCCAAGCACCAGUUUCAGUUGGAUUUUAUCUGUUUGACGGGAUAAAUGACAUUGAGUUCAAUGUCACAAUUCAUUUAUCAACGUUAAGUUUUUUAUAACUAAAUUGUCUUUAAUUUACCCUGAGUAAUAGGUGAAUUAUGAUUGGUCUAAACAUUAAAAGGUGCACCUGACUUUGA